CGCCAACAGCAGAUGCCUACAAAUUAAGCAAACCGCUAAUUAGGCUGUUACAUAGCCAUCGAGAAAUUCAAUAUGUCGUACUAGCUAACAUCGCUACAAUGGCAACGCAACGGCCUUAUCUUUUUGAACCUCAUUUACAACAAUUUUUCGUCCGAUCAACAGACCCUGUUUUCAUUCGUAACUUAAAAAUGGAAAUUAUGACAUUAGUUGCGACCGAAAUUAAUAUAACUGGAAUACUUAGAGAAUUGCAGUAUGUAAAAAGUCCUAAUAAAGAUUUUGCGACCUCUGCAAUUCGAGCUAUUGGUCGAUGUGCAAUAGGAAUGCCAGAAAUGGCUGAAAGUUGUCUUAACGGAUUAAUGAAAUUAUUAUGGAGCAAGAAUGAUGCUGUUGUUGCAGAAUCUGUUGUAGUAAUAAAAAGACUUCUGCAAUUACGCCCUCAGGAUAAUGCAGAUAUGAUAAUACAACUUGCCAAAGCUCUAGAUCAUAUAACGGUGCCAAUGGCCAGAGCAAGUAUAUUUUGGCUCGUUGGUCAAUAUGCACAAAAUUUAGAGAAAGUUGCACCGGACAUAUUAAGGAAAGCUGCAAAGACUUUUACAACAGAAGCAGAUGUCGUUAAAUUGCAAAUUAUCAACCUUGGCGCUAAGCUCUUAUCACUUCAUUCCACGGACCACACUUUGAAUCUUUUAUUCCAAUAUGUUCUUAAUCUGGCCAGAUAUGAUCUUAAUUAUGAUAUCAGAGAUCGUGCAAGACUUCUCAGAGGCUUGGUUUUAAUAAGCGAGAACAAAGAAACCAAUAUUGACAAUAUGGGGGAAGGAGUGCUAUCAGAAGAGUAUAAUAAGAGCUCUAUUUUAAAGAACAACUUGAAACAAAUACUUUUAUGUGAAAAAGAGGCGCCUUCAGAAGAAAGUCCAUCUGUAGGAAGGGACAGGUUCAUCUUAGGAUCCAUGUCGCUUGUAUUAAAUUAUUCUGUACCUGGAUAUAAGUCUUUACCUGACUGGCCAACUGAAAAGCCAGAUGGAUCUGUCAGAGAGAAUUUGGAUGAUACAUGGAAUAGAAGCCAAUAUAUCAAAGGAUUCGGAAGUGAUUCAUUUGGACGGUAUAUUCCAUCGUCAACUUAUGAUAAACCCAUUGUCAAACAGCAUAACGAUUCAUAUGAUUCUGAACAUUUCUAUGAUUCAUCUGAUGAUAAUAGAAAUCAUGACGAAAAGACUGCUCUUCGAUAUAACACAAUCGAGGAUGAAGCUUCGAAUGAAGAAACGA